AUGAAAGAAGAAUUUGUUGCGAACAAGCCUCCCAUGUUCAAGGGAGCCAAUUAUGACUAUUGGAAGAAAAUGAUGAUUGCCUUCUUUGAGUCCACUCACAUUGAUAUGUGGGAUGUUGUAGAAAAGGGCAAUGACAUUCCUUUAGAUGCUCACAAGAACGAGAUCCAUAGGGAUAAAUGGAAAAAUGAUAAUAAAUCUAGAUUUCUUCUCAACUCAUCCAUGAGAAAUGCCCUAUUGUGCGCUCUAUCACAAGAAGAAUAUUCCAAGGUUCACGACUUCAGAAGUGCCAAACAAAUAUGGGACACCUUAGCCAUUACCUACGAAGGGUCCUCUAAGGUUAAACAUAACAAGUUGAGCCUUCUAACAUGUAAGUAUGAACUCUUUAGUAUGGAAGAGGGAGAAGAUAUCCAAACCAUGUUUGGAUGCUUCCAAACCAUUCUGAGCGAGCUUUGUUCUUUAGGUAGACAUUAUGAUAAUUAG